CAGCUCGCGCGCCGCAAACUCGUGGAGUCGGCUUUCUAUCUCGCUGCCCAUGCUUAGCAUGCAGCCACACAAUCUCGUCAACUGCUGCCAUGAGGCACAUUCAACUCGUGUUGGUCCACGCAAGCGGUCUGUGAUGUUAGUGCGUCUAUGGCGUCUUGUGAAUCCUUCUGUUGGACGUCGAUGGUAAACGCGACGUGGAGGAUUCAAAGAGGUCGAAUUCUGAUCUUGAAGGACCAAUUGCUAGCUGAGUUGUCGCUCCUGUGUGCCUUGGGUCGUCCAUAUGAUGGCCUUCGACCUGAAGGAUCGCGCUUAAUAUGCCAUGCAAUCGAUCGAAAGAGACAGCUCACUUGCCUUGCAAGACUGUACAGACGCCCCUUGGGGAUGGCGUUCAUGCUCUGCUCUUGCCACGCCCUCGGCGUUGCUAGUAACCCGUCGACUUGCCGCGCGAUACUCCAGGACCGAAGACUUCAAACAGUAGAGGCGUUGCUUAAACCAAGUUUCGUAGAUCCUUCAAAAGCCUAUGAUUCCUCUGAUGUCCACAAAGUCAGGUUGAUCAAGGUACGUCCUUGCGAACUGGUCAGCAGAGGUCGCUACCUACCAGGUCGCGACGGUCAUCAAACAGAUCAGAGCAGCAUUCGCGCCUCAGAUGCAACGAUAGGCACUACGGAUUGGCUGGCCUUGUCUCUCGAGAGUACACGAUGCCAUCGUGAGCCGCCGACCUGUUUCACUAGUCGCGACCAUUCAUAUCCGAGUAGCAUAGCCUUCGACGUACUCGUUAUCCUUCUGCGGAGGGGCAUCCGCUGCUCACCGAGGAAGUCAAACCUGACAAGCCUGAAAAACAAAAAAGAGUUCACCACCGGUGUGGUUACAUCUCUUGGUGCACUCGCUGGGAAUCGAACUCGAACUCGGGGCCUGUCGUCGAGUAGGCUGUGGGCGUAACUGAUUGUUGACCAUGAACCACUCCACCACCUAGCCAGUUUGUCCUGACCCCCCGACCUAGAGGGGCGCCUGCUGGUGACAGGAAUCGGAUUGAGGGGGGGCAUAUACCUUUGUCCCGUCGUAUAUUCCAAAUGAGUAUUCUGGGCUUCCUUUCUAGCGUCAAAGUAGGUCGUCCACCGAGAAGGGGCAGCGUGGUGCACAUAAGCGACCUCGCAUCAGCCUAAGUUGGCCUUAAUCGCUUCUUAAACUACGGCAAUGCGCCUGAAACAUGUCAGAUACACUCCUGAGCUUGCCAUCAAGGUGAUUGCGUUGCUUAUGUGCGAGAUC